AUUAGUGCAGUUCCUUCCUUGUUAACCUCCAAAAGAUCCUCCCAUGGCAUCGAAGGUUUCACCAACCAAAAUGGAAAAGGACAUAAUUGUAAUGUAUCCAGCACCAGGCAUAGGCCACAUUGUAGCCAUGGUUGAACUUGCCAAGCUCAUCCAAACGCACCGUUUCAACAUCACCAUCAUCCUCACAACGGGCCUCCUCGACCACCCCACCAUCGAAGUCUAUAUCCGCCGCAUCACCGCCGACCAUCCCUCCAUCUCCUUCCUCCGCCUACCCCACAUCCCACUCUCCGCCUCAACCUCCGUAAGCCCCGCCGCCAGAGCCUUCGGCUUCAUCAAAGCAAAUGCUUCCAGCGUCGCCACCUCCCUCUCCCAAAUCUCCCAAACCUCCGCCGUCAAAGCCUUCUUUAUCGACCUCUUCUGCACUUCCGCCAUGGAAUCAGCUUCUUCCAUGGGAAUCCCAGUCUACUACUUCUUCACUUCCGGCGCCGCCGUUCUCGCGCUCUUCUCGUACUUUCCGAAACUCCACGAAGAGAGGAGCGAGUCGUUUAAGGAUAUGGUCGGGGUGGAACUGCGCGUGCCGGGCAACGCGCCUCUGAAGGCAGUGAACAUGCCGGAACCCCUGUUAGAUAGGGGCGAUCCUGCCUACUGGGACAUGCUCUACUUCUGCUCGAGCCUUCCCAAGGCGCGUGGGAUUAUAGUGAACUCCUUUCCAGAGCUCGAGCCUCUGGCGGUUAACGCCGUGGCGGAGGGCGCGUGUUUUCCAAACUCCAAAAGUGGACCUCGCGUUUACUAUAUCGGACCACUCAUUGCGGAAGCUCAACAAUCAGAUGCAGAAGGAAGAGACAGCAAGGAAUGUCUGCGAUGGCUGGAGGAACAACCGAGCAGAAGNGUGGUGUAUCUGUGUUUCGGAAGCAGAGGAUCGUUCUCGGUGUCACAGUUGAAAGAGAUAGCGAAAGGGUUAGAGAAGAGUGGCAAGAGAUUCUUAUGGGUUGUCAAAAGGCCAUUAGAAGAGGAGAGAGCAAAGCACGAGGAAACAGCAAAGCCAGGGGAUGAAUUUGACUUGGCUUCUGUAUUUCCAGAUGGAUUCCUUGAGAGGACCAAGGAUCGAGGCAUGGUGGUCAAGGCNUGGGCACCGCAAGUGGAGGUGCUGAGUCGUGAGUCGGUGGGGGGGUUUGUGAGUCACUGCGGGUGGAACUCGGUGUUGGAAGGGGUGGUGGCGGGGGUGCCGAUGGUUGCAUGGCCACUGUACGCAGAGCAGCAUGUGAACAGGGAGGUGAUGGUGGGAGAGAUGAAGGUGGCUGUUGGAGUGAAUCAGAGGGUAGAAGAUGGGUUUGUGAGUGCAGAGGAAGUAGAAAAGAGAGUGAGGGAAGUGAUGGAGACANAAGAGAUCAGAGAGAGAAGCUUCAAGCUCAAACAAAUGGCUAUGGCUGCUGUUGCAGAAUUUGGAUCUUCCACAACAGCACUUGCCAACUUACUUCAUUCAUGGACUUCAUUCACUUCAUAGAAGUGUUGUAGAUUUCGUUUAAUUGUUCUGUAUUAUCUUUGUGAUAAUCUUUAUCAUAUCUUAUAUAAUA